GAGCAAGAGGUGCAGCAACUGCAGGACAGAUGCUUUUCAGCACUUAGAGGGGAAGCAGAAACACAUCAGACGCUCGCGGAGGAAAGAAAGAGGAUCUGACAGAAAGACCAAAACCUUUGUGUUCCGUCUAAAUGGAUGAAUGUGCAGCUGCAGCGGUUCGUGCAAAAGAAGGAAUUAACAUGCAAAACUAGCUGAAGACUCGAGCGGAAAGACUUCGGUGAACUUCACCCCGAUCACUAUUAAGGAGAUAAAAACAAAAACAUCCUGCCCAACACAAUGAGCACCGUCUGGCCGACCGACCACUUCACCAACGCCACGACGGCCGACAACCGCUCGUGUCCUCUGGAGGAGGAGAACCUGCGUCUCCCACUGGCGGUGCUCUACUCGCUCAUCUUCCUGUUCGGCCUGGCAGGAAACCUGCUGGCUCUGUGGGUGUUCCUCUUCCUGCACUCGCGCAGAAACUCCGUGCGCGUCUUCCUCAUCAACGUGGCGCUGGCAGAUCUGGUGCUGCUGGCGUGCCUUCCUUUCCGUGUGCUGUACCAUGCUCGGGGGAACGUGUGGUCGCUGGGGCCGCACGCGUGCAAGGCGGUGGGUAACCUGUUCUACAUGAACAUGUACGUCAGCAUCACCCUGAUGGGCCUCAUCAGCCUGGACCGCUACCUGAAGAUCAUCGGCGUGAGGGGCUCUCAGAGGGGCUGCGGGCCGCGCUGGAUCAGGGGCAGCCGCUGGAGUCUGGUGACCUGCGGCCUGCUGUGGGGCAGCUCUCUGGUGAUGGUGGUGCCCAUGAUCGCGCUGACCGAGGGCAACGAGGAGGCGGAGAAGUGUUUCCACUACAAGCAGAGAAAGCAGGCCCGCGGCAAAGCCUACUUCAACCUAUUCAUGGUGGCCGUGUUCUGGCUGGUGUUCGUGGUGCUGCUGGCGUCGUACGGACGGAUCGCCCGCCGACUGCUGCGAGCCUCACGGGACAAACCCGACCUGCCCAACGCGCCGCGCCUCGCCCGCACUGCGAAGAAGUCCUUCGUGGUGCCGCUCCUGUUCACCAUCUGCUUCGCGCCGUAUCACGCCUUCAGGGGAUUCUACGUGGCGUCGCAGCUCCGAGACAUCAGCUGCGAGACGCAGCGGUUUAUGGACCUCACCAACGAGGUCAUGCUGCUGCUCUCGGCCCUCAACAGCUGCCUGGACCCCGUCAUGUACUUCGUGCUCUCGGGCUCGGUGCGCAAGGCCACGAUUCAGGCCUUUUCGCAAUUCCUACAUUUGCACCACGAAGCCGUGACAACCAACAGCUCGACCACGGAGUUUCGGAGGACGUCCAUGUCCCACGCCUCCACCGCAGCAGUGGACUCAUUACUUCGACCCUCCGCUCUAAACCCGCCUUCAGCGACGACGGAGAGUCCUGUCCGCAGAUCGCAGCUCUGACAAACUGAUCGAGUUGCACCGCGAGACGAAAGUGUUCACCAGAUUUCACCCUUGACCCACAUACUGGCCUGUGAACGUCACACGGGAAAAGGCUCACUGGUGUGAAACAAUGACUAGCUCGAAAUGUUUGCAUGGGAAAGUUCUUGAGACAGCGCUUCUGUCAGCACAUGACGGAUAUACGGCUGGACGCAGGAGAUUACCACACAUCUGGUUUGGGUUCUUCAAUCUAUCAGACAAGAUCUCAGACACAACUGUCACUGAAAUCUCACUCUUUUCAAGCUCAUGUAUUUGAGGCAGCUGCAGUGACGACACAGACGGACACAUGAAGGACGAAGGACGCCUCCUGCUGGAGGAAGAGAGCCACUGCACCUUCUCUGCUAUAUUUCAACAUGUUAGUGGACUGUUACCUCUGUGAAAACACAGCUGUGCAAAAGGGAACUGGUCUAAUUUAUCAUGAUCUCACACAGCAUGUUUAUCUGUAGAGACAGCAGCUGAUGAACUCUGCCGAGUCUGUGAUCUCAAGAACUUCAGCGUCCAUCCGAAGCGCCAAUCUGACAAUAAUCCCGCUUUAAUCGCAGAUGGACAUCACAUUAGACGGGGAUCCUGACAUCCUGCGGUGCAGCUUAUGUCAGCGGUUCCAACGCUUUCUGACCAGUGAAUCUCAUCUGUUUGUGAGCACUGGACACAAGCUGUUAAAGAUCAUCUUGACACAACUGACUUUUCUACCGUUUCUAAAUUCAUGCAUCCUAGAUCACACAGUAAUGCCAGUCACGGGUUUCAUUCCCAGUGAACGCACUAACCGAUAAACAUUAACAUUUUAAAAUGAAAGUGUCUGCCAAACGCAUAAGAGUAAAUGUCUUUUUUAAGAGCAAACAGGGGAAUAAAGAAGCCUUAUUGGGAGUGUUUACAGUGUGUUUCUCUCUUACUGAUAACUCUUAUCACCCAUGACUCAAAAAAAUGCAACGAACACACAUUUUGCCAAAAUUAAUAUGAGAUUUAUUAACAAAAUUGAAAAUAAAAUGAACGCGUGCUACUGUAAUCAUCAGUAAGAGCAGUAAUGUAGAGUAAAGUGCAUUCACGGAGCGUGUAAUGUGCUGUAGCAGUGGUGUAGGUGCAGGAAAGAAAAGUAAAACACAAAUGAGUGGUAAAAGGACACAAGAUACGGAAGCCAUGGAAUCUUCCACCUACCCUACGAAAUAACAUUAUAACCCGUCACAAUAACCUUAAAGUGUUCUUAAGUGUGAAAAUCGCACGUGUUUGAACGUCAUGGUGAGUAAAUAAUUUGCGCAUGAACUCCUCUUUAACAUGAUGAACAUGCCAGUGUUAGUGGGUAACAAUCAAU